AUGGACAGAUUGGUGCAUCUGGAUCUGAAGGGAGCUCCUCCCCAAAUCACCUAUUUGGAGAAGGUGGUUCCAUUAGUGGCAUCAUGGGGAGCAACAGGUCUUCUUGUGGAAUAUGAAGAUACCUUCCCUUACUGGGAGCCAUUAGAAGGUGUUCAAAGCUCAUCAUCCUACAGCAAGAAAGAUGUUCAGUCCUUGCUCCAGAUAGCUUCAGGAUGUCAACUUAUUGUCAUUCCUCUCAUCCAGACCUUUGGCCAUCUUGAAUUUGUGUUGAAGCACAACCAAUGGAGCUAUCUUAGGGAGGUGGAGCGUUUUCCAAGCGAAGUCUGCCCCUCAUGUGAUGACACCAUUCCACUGUUGGAGACCAUGAUUACUCAGAUCCUCACACUUCACCCAGACAGUCCCUAUCUUCACAUUGGCUGUGAUGAAGUUUGGGAAAUGGGGCACUGUUCAAACUGCAAGAAGACAGAAAUGAAACGAGAGGAGCUGUUCCUGAGGCAUGUGACUCGUCUUGCCCAUUGCAUCAAGACCAUCCAGCCAAAAAUUGUUCCAAUCAUUUGGGAUGACAUGAUUCGUACUACUGAUCCACAACUUCUCAAAGAGAGUGGCUUGAGUGAGUGUGUUGAGAUCAUGGUUUGGUCAUAUGGAGAAACCCUCAACUUCCCUCCAGGAAUGUGGGAAAGAUAUGGGAAGACAUUUGGGAAAAUAUGGGUGGGGACUGCAUGGAAAGGAGCAUCAGGAGUGGAUGCCCUCCUUCCCAAUGUCAACAUGCAUAUUCACAACCAUGAAGCUUGGAUGCAACUCCUCCAAAGUGAAACUGCAUUCUCCUCUUUCACAUUUCAAGGCCUAGCUCUCACUGGAUGGUCCAGAUAUGACCAUUAUGCAGUGCUAUGUGAACUGUUGCCUGUGGGAUUACCAAGCCUAGCCCUGUGCCUUGGAACACUUCAGCAGGGUUCAUUCUCAGAAUGGCUUCAUUCCUCUGUCUCCCGGAGUCUUGGCUUUCGUGAAGUCAUCCCACUUGAUCCUCUUCCCAGGCAUGUGAUAGUAGAAGAUCUGAAUCAGGAGGAGUCAUUCCCUGGAAGUGAAAUCUACCUGGCUGUUCUGCACUUGGCUGGUGUUCACCAUCGAACCCUUGAACUCAAGGCCACCAUGGUGUUCCGUGGUUGGUUUCAUGAUUACAACGUUCAAAGGAAGUUCAUCAAUCCCCGACAUGUGGAGCUGAUCCUCCAUCAACUCACUGAGCUGAACGAGAGCCUGGAGAAGACGAGGAAGUCGCUCGGAGAGAGCCUGAAACAGUACGUGAAGGCAGAGGCGGAGUGGAUGGGAUGCAACGUGGAGCCUCUGUCCCGUGAGCUCUCCUGUCUCCUCUCUUCUGCCAGAGAACUCGUCCUUGGCCCACCGGCCCCCUCCACCUGACGAUCCACCAACAUAGCAGUCAUUCUUGUUGGUUAACUACCAACAAGAAUGACUGCUUGGUUUAUGAAUUUAGGACCUUUAUCUUUGCCAAAUUCUGAUAUCGAUGGAAUCUAAAGCUAAAACUGAGUGC